CAGUUAUUAAACACUACAGCUGCAAGUUUUAAUGCCAGAUGCCACAUAAACAUUACAAGACGGCAAAAUAGUAUAUAAAUAUAUAUUAUUUUCAUUCAAAUUUCCUUCUUUCAUCAUUGAAAAAAAGACAAAGUGAUUAUCAUUUUUUUAAUUAUCGAAUUAAAUUCCUCAGUUAAUGGAUUGUCGAAUAAUUAUUAUGCUAAAUUGUUACAGUAACAUAAUUAAUAUGCAACUUGAGGAAUUAAAAUGUCGAUAAUUUGAUUCACGCAACUACAUAACUGCAUAUAUCUCGAUACAAAAUGUAUAAAAUGAUAGGGAAUUAAAUUAAUUUUCGUAUAAGUUUUAAGGGGGGAAAAACUCCUUCUUUUCUUUCAUAAAUUUCCUCUCUCGAAAUCUUAACAGGAAGUCAAGAGGGGAGGGAGUUUCUACGUUAUUGUUUUAUUUAAUUACGUGUCAAAUACGUUCGAAUUACCAUCGCCAUGCUUUUAACUUUGCAGAUAUAACGUACUUUGAAGGGAAUUAAAUUUAAUUAGCAUUAAUUAGUUAACGACAAUAAGAUUUUAAUCGAGUUAAAUUUUAAGUUAUCCCCUCACCCCCCUCUCUCUCUCUGUCUCAUCGCUAUCCAUCUUUUAUCAUUAAAGUCUUGAUAAAUUGAUUUUAAAAAAAUGUUAGAAGUGUGGAAAAUUGUAUGAAGUUUAAAGGGGGGAAACAGGGAAUUUAAUUUUACAAACAUAGUUAGAAAAAUAUCACGUGAGAAAAUGAAAAAAUAUAAAUCGUAAGAAACAAUAAACGUCGUGAAACGUAAUCAAAAAAUAGAAAAAUCGCUUGUAAUAAUAAUAAUAAUAAUACUAUUGCAAUUUAUAACAAAUUCCCCGCUAUACCUUCAGUCACCACCCUCCGACCAACGAAAGGGGAGCGCCGAGAUGACGUAAGACGAGAAGCCACUCCUAUAGCAGUAACGUGUAGAGCUGCGUGUGUGUUCAGAUAACCGCUGUUUACUAUCCUCGUCUACGGUUCUAGUGCUUCGCUCACCCCAACCGUUGCUAUAUUAUAUACAUAUAUGUAUAUGUUAUAAUUCUAUAAUCGUAUCGGAAGAUUCACUCUCCUCCAUAAGGGGGAGAGAUCAUGUUAUAAUCAAUGAAUGGAUCAGCCUGUGGUUGUAAUGGAAAGGCUGCCUGAAACGGUGGUGGAAUAUUAUUUACAGAAAUUGAAGAAAAGUGGAUAUAACUAUAAGUUUAGUAAUUUGACACUAGAAAAAUUUAGAAAAAGUAGAAGAUUGCAUUACAGGAAGAAAAAGCAAAAGAAAAUCAAUGCAGAAAACCCAUUUGAUUCUGAAGCAAAUGAAUGGGAGAUUUCAAAUAAGAAUACUUCGAUGACGAAUAACAGUUCUGAAAAAAGCAAUUUACUUCGUAUACUGAGGCAGAUAAAGGUACCAGAACCUCCAUUGCCAAUUGGUGGAAAAUACUCUAAUGCUAUACCUAGUGAAACAAGUAUUAAUACAUCAAUAGAAGGGAUAAAUAAUAGUAAUGAAAUUGAAUCUACUAAUAAUGGAGAAAAUGUUAAUAUGGAAACAGAAGCACAUGCAAACUCUCUUCAAAACGUAAAGCUAUCAGUAGCAAAUCCACCAUCAUCAGACUGUAGUGAUAACUUCUAUAACGAAGAAUGGCAAAUAAUAUCUGAGGCUUCUUGUUCAGAUGCUAGCAGAAGUUCAUCUCCAUUUGACGAAGAUUGUCCGUAUAAGUCAACCGAAAAUACAAAUAGCUACAAUGCAGCAUUGUCAGACAGGACGAAACAUUCCACCAAUCUUGAAAAUGAAGAGUGCACAAAUAAAAAUGAAGUAUAUAAAACUAUUGUUCUUUCUGAAUGUUGUGAUGUGUAUGCAUUUGAAGAAGAUGAUAAGCUAACAGAACCGUAUAAAUCCGACUGUGAAGAUAAUGACAUCAAUAGUCCUCUUAAUUUAAAAAUAUCAGAUACAAGUGAGCAGUAUUCUGAACAUUCUUAUAAAUCACAAAAGGAUGAAUCUGUUUCUAAUAGUUCCUGUAAGAAUGAUGAUAAGACAGAGAAAACUGUGCUAAAUAAUCUUAGCCAAAUUUUCAGUAAUUCACAAAGUGAAACUUUUGAAGAUAAAAGCUUACAAUUAACAAACCAGAAACAAGAAAUGAGUAGUUUAUCAACAAGUAUAUUUAAAAUUGGUUAUCAGAGUUCUAAUAUGAAACAUUCGACAUCUUCGGAAAGUUUGCAAAGUGAGCAAAUGGAAAGAAAUCUCCCAAUUACAAAAUUACUUCCAGCAGGUUUAUCCAUAACUCCUAUUUUUCAAAACAGCAAUGAUACAAAUAAUGAAAAUACAUUGACGUCUUUAAAAAUUAUGAAUAAAUCAGAUGCAUUAAAUUCAAAAAAUAUUGACGAUGAAGCUGAAAGUCUUCAAUUGCAAAACAUAUCAGAUAACAAAAGUAGUAAUAAUCAAUAUGAUGUUGUAGGUCAUAUUUUGAAAACUAUGGAUAAGUCAUUUUCCGUGACAAGAAAGUUGUCUAUAGAAAAUACUGAAAAUGAAAGUACAAGAUCUUCAGAAAACGAGAAGAGCCCAGUUAGAAGCGAUUCAUCUUCGAUAUGCAGUUUUAAACAGAAGAAAGCUCGAAUGAGUAUGGGUUCGGCCAAACUUUUAAUCCAUAGAGAUUCAUCUAGUGAUGAUGCAUCCUGUAUUAGUACCUCAAAUAAAACAAUGAAUUUACAGAAUAUGGCUGAUUCAAAAUCUGGUGUGAAGUCAAAGGAAAAUUAUGCAUCAUCUGAUAGUACUGAUCUAAAUGUGAAACGAAUAAAUAAAAGAAAGUCAAACAUUCCAUUAUACACUGAUACUAAGAAACUUAAACUUUACGGAUAUAAAAAAUUAAGAUCGUGUUGGAGAUGUGGGAAAAAAUAUACCGUUCAAAAUUCUAAUGACCGUCUUUGUAGACGGUGCACAUUGUUAGAUUAUACAAAACUAAAUAAUACAAAUUUAAAAUCCUGUAGUGAUGGUGAAUGUUUUUCAGAUAAAGAAACAGUAGCGGGUGAUCAAUCGGAUCACUCAACUGUAUCUGAACCAUGUUUUUCGCAAUUUAAAUUGUAUAAGAAAUUUAUAAAAGAAGCUGAACAUGAACAAGUUCCAAAAAGUUCAAAGGAAAGUUCGACUGUGCACUCUUUAAGUAAGGAUCUUACUGAUAAAACAAACACUUUUCAUAAUAAUCCAAUGGAUUUAUCGAUAAAUAAACAAGAUGCUCAGGAUAAAACUACAGCUGUUCCUCCUUUAAAAUUAAUAGUGUCUAUUAAUCAGAAAAACCUUAAAAACUCUGAAGAUACUGAAAAAACUAACUUUGAUUUGAAAUUUAAAAAACAGAGAAAGAAAAAUUCAAGUAUUAAUGCACACAAAAUGUAUAAGGUACAUAAUAUAAUACAUAAUUCUGAACAUCGGGAAAAUGAAAAUCUUGUGUGCAAGAUUCUAAGGAAACGAAAGCAUAAAGACUUGUUAAAGAAAAGAAAAAAGUCAAAAGAUAAUACAGAUUAUGAAACUGUGGAAAAAGUUCAUUCGGAGAACAGUUUUAAUGAAAAGUACGAAUCUAAACUGAAGAAACUCAAAAUUAGUAAAACAAGUUCCGAAACAAUUUCUCUUAAAGAUCCUGUACAAACUGAAAAUUUUGAAUCAACACAAAAUGAUAAAACAAAAGAAAAUCCUGAAAAAGAAAAGAAUAAGAAAGGAUCCUGUGAAGUCAUCAAUGUUAAUAGAGGAUUGUUUCUUUUAAGUUUUCCCGAGGAAGAUGAUCUUGAUCCAAAUAUUUUUGCUUUUCCAGAAAAAUCUGAAAUUCAUAAUGAUGAAUCAGAUGCACCUUUAAAAAUUUCUUUAACUGAAAAUGCUACAAAAGACAAUCAACAAAAAACAGACGAUGCAUCAAGUGUUGGUUCCGAAAAAGAAGUAAAAAACAAUGAAAAAACUACACCCGAAUCUGCUUCCGCAACUAAUACUACUAUUACUGUUGUAAGUGCUGUUGCUGCUACUGCUGAAGAUCUUUUAACAAGUCCAAGUGAUACACUUAACAAAAAAUCUCUUCCUGAUGUACAGACUACAAAUGUGCCUACAGAUAAUGUACAAGAAAAGUCUUCAGAAUUGUGUAGUGAUAAUUCACAUCCAAUACAAACUGAUCCAUUAGAUCUCAUGACCAAAACAGCCAACUCUAAAAACAGUGAAAUAGAAUCUUCUGUAGUAAAUAAAGAUUUAUCUGUUAACAAAUCCAUACCAAAAAUUGAAAAUGUGUUUAGUUUAAGAGACAUGCCAAUUGAACGCUUACAAGAAGAUAAACUUUUACGGCCCAUUCCCUCCUUGAGUAACUACAACGUUUAUAAUGAGUUAGAUGCUUACGCUACAGCUAGCAUUUUAGAACUCGAACAGAGUCAAGAGCAUUCGGUUAUACUUCUGACUUCAAUCCUGGCAAGGGAAUUUAAAGAACUGCAUAAAAUUCAUUUAAUGGAAAAGGCUUCACAGUUUUCUUUAGAAUUAUACAAAGUUAAAAUGAGGAAAAUUGAUACAAUAAGAAGCUUGCAAUUAGCUUGUAUUUUAUUGACUAAAGGACAAAAGUGUAAGAAAGAACUUUCUCCGCACAUGUUAGAUAUGUCAUCAGAAGAAAUGUCACAGUUAUUAGUAUUAUGUAAUGAUAUGUAUCAUUCCAAACUUUCAGAAGCUUUUUCCAAGAGUGAAGAAGUUAGUCAAAAUAAAUCUACAUCAGAUAAAAUUGAUUCAAAUAAUGUAACUAAAAAAAAUGGUGUUCACUCAGAUAUUUCUCAACAGACACUUAAUAUACAAAAUACUAUUAAUAGUUUAUUAAUGCCACCAGCUUACAAUCCUAUGCCAAUUAUUCCAGCCUCAAUGAAUUACGGUCCUCAUCCGAACUUUCAUAAUCCACAAAAUAUUACUAUGACUGUAAAUAAAUCGGAUGAUGAUGUAAUUUGUUUAGGUACAAGUCAUUUGAGGACUUCGGUUAUACAUAAUUCCCAACCUAAAGAACAAAUAACAGUGAGCAAAGUUAGUCAAAGUAAAAGUUUUCCUGUUUCAGUAAGCAAUAAAGAUGAAAGAAUAGGAAAUUUGACUCCUAAACAAGCUAUAACGUUAUCUGAAUUGGCAAAGACAAAUAAUCUCCAGGUUGAAGCUAGUGGGAAUACUAAAUCUCCUUCGCAAGCCAUUAAUAAAGUUCUUUCAAAGAACAAUCAAGUAACUGUAAAUAUUGUAAAUAAUACUCCAGUUUAUCAGAAAAUUUCAUUUGGUUUUAAUGAAAAUGGAAAUUUUACACCACCCACUAAUCAGUCUUCUACUGUUGCACAGAGAGGAGCAGAUGAACGGAAACAGUCGCCUCAGUCACAGGUCGAUAAAACUGCUACUUCAAAUUGGGGCCCGACUAAUACAACUGAAGUAAGAAAUAUAUCCCGAAUUCAGAAUCAGUGGACUUCACAGUCAUUAGGUAAACAAGGAAUCACAAUAACCCAGACAACUACCGAUAGAAAUGCAGGAAGUCCCGCAUGGAGAAAUAACAUUUCAGCUCAUAGUGCAGUUUCAGUGCCUAAUCAGCAGAGACCUAUACAACCAAACAUAAGACCUUCAACAUUAGUUCCAAUAAUAAAUCAGUUUGGGACUUUAGUUGCAAGACCACCUCUUCUUCAAGGAAAUCUACCUGUACCUACAGGAAGAAAUAUAGCUUCAGUGCCUAUGUUUAACAUUCAUACUCAAGGAGUUAUAAGAACUUGGCAUCAGCCACCUAAUGCUCCUGCUCAAGUUUCGAGUCAUCAAUCAUCUCAAAGUCCUAUUGUUUGCAUUACUUGCAGGAAACCCAUUAGCAUGACGUGCCCGACGGGAAUGUUUUGUAGCGAAAUCUGUAAAAAAACGUACUGCGCCAUGUUCCCAAACUACAGAUGAUGAUGUUUCGACAGCAAAUAUCCAUUUGCUUUUUUUACGAGAAUUUUAUUUGCUCGGUAGAACGUCGUCUUAUAUCAUCUCGUCCGAGAUUUCAAUAUUUCUUUCCAUAUUGGAUAACAUAUCUGACAUCAAGAAAUUCCUAUUUAUUUAUCAGAUUAUUUAUAUAAGUUUAAAAAUACCGUUUUUCUCGCUCGACUUGUUUUAAGCUUUUCUGUCGUUUACAGAAUUUGAAACAACAGAAUUUCCUUGAAAUUUUGUAUAUAUUGUACAUAGAUUACAUUUUAUUUCAUGUGUUCAUUUGAUAGUGUAUUAUUUUACAUAAAAAAAUCAUUUUUUUCAUUUAAUAAUUGAUAUAUUUAUUUGGAUGUAUUGCGCAUAUUUUGUUCUGUUAAUUUUAAUUUACGAUUUUUAUUGUACUUUAAUUUCAUCCUCUACACAAGAAUAACUAAAUUGUUACUAACACAUUAAUGAUGAUGUAUAGAGAAACCUGACCAAAGAUGAAUGCAGUUACAUAUUUUAAUAAAAUCUUUUUUAUAUUAGAUAACUUUUAUACUUAAAUAUCCAUUCCCAAAUGCAUUUUUUAUAUUCAAAUGCGAUCUACUGAAAUUUCAAGAGAAAUUGUUUUGAUCUCAUACAAAUACAUGAUUCUUAUUUGUUGUCUAUAAUAUGA